ACAUCGUUACACAAUUAUAGUUUUAUUGUGCAAUGUUCCCUCAGUGAGCCAUAUGCAGGCUAUGACAGAUGAAAUAACGGGUUGCGAUUUUAUUGCAGGGCGUCACCCGAAGUGCAUAACUCUUGUUUUCUACCAAGCGAAACUUACAGUGGACAAGACAAGGGCAACUUAUUUGACAGCCAUGUGAUUUGGGUGGGACUGAAAAAAUGUCAUUUCCUUAUUUCACAGCUCUUAUUCCACAGCUCUCACUCUUCAUUUAAACACGGUGAUACAGUGUUGCUUAUUUUUUGAGAACAAGCUACUUCUCACCAUUCUUAGUUUGCUGCCAUGACAUCAAAAGAGGAUGCUGCUGAGUUUGUGGAUAGACACAGAGCUGAGCUCAUCCAGAGGGUUCGCAAGGUGAUGCCCAUAGCAGAUGAUCUGCUCAGAAGGGGCAUGAUCAAUUAUGAAAUGUUUGCUAAUAUUACAACUUCCAAGACCAACCAAGAAAAGAUGAAAGAGGUGUACAAAGCAUUGCAGUCAGGAGGGACACCACUUAAAACAGCCUUCUACAGGAUUCUGCUGAAAAAUGAACGUCUUCUGGUCAUCAAUCUGGCUGCUGAGUUUGUGGAUAGACACAGGGCUGAGCUCAUCCAGAGGGUCUGCACGGUGAUGCCCAUAGCAGAUGAUCUGCUCAGAAGGGGCAUGAUCUAUCCUGAGGUGUACUCUAAUAUUCAAACUGCCAAUGCCAGCCAGGACCAGAUGAGAGAGUUGUACAAAGCCGUACAGUCAGGAGGGCCAGAAGUUAAAUCAGCCUUCUACAGGAUUCUGCUGAAACAGGAACCUCAUCUGGUCAUCAAUCUGGAGGAUGCUGUUGGAGAUCUAGAAGAUUGUUUGAACAUUGGAGAAUCUUCUUCAGGGAGCAUUGCAUUGGAAGGUCCUGCAUUACCUCCUGCCUCCAAUAUAUUGCCUGCGACUGGAAGAAAACCUGCUGCACUUGCAUCAGAUGAGGAAUCGGUUGGAAAGAUCACAUACUACACCAGUAACCAUCUUGGAAUAGGUGCCGAUGGAAUUGUGUUCAGGGGUCACUACCUUUGUGAUGAUAACAACAAGCGUCCUGUGGCAGUAAAGAGAAUUGAACUAGCAAAACAAAGCUAUGCUGAUCGAGAGAUCACUUUGCUUCUUAAAUUGGACGACAAUCCCCAUGUCGUCCGCUACUUCUGCACUGAGAAGGACGGGCAAUUCCUAUACAUUGCCAUCGAGCGAUGUGCCGCCUCUUUAGAUAAGUGUUUUACUAAAGAAAAUCCUUUUGACCUUCGUGGACUGAAACCAGUGAUGCUGCUGCAGCAGACCAUGAUAGGACUGAAACACCUGCACUCUCACAAAAUAGUCCACCGUGAUGUGAAGCCCCACAACAUCCUGUUGAAAGUCCACUCUGGCUCAGUCACGGUCAAGAUCUCAGACUUUGGGAUGAGUAAGCAGUUAGCGGACGGCAGACAAAGCUACAGCAUGAGGUCGGGAGCCCUUGGCACCAUGGGCUGGAAUGCCCCAGAGGUCCUGGAUGAGAGCAGGAAAGUAAACCCUACCAGUGCUGUGGACAUCUUCUCUGCCGGCUGUGUGUUUUACUAUGUUCUAACAGGAGGAGAACAUCCCUUUGGAGAACCCUAUCGGCAGACUGGUAAUAUCAUGGAUGGCAAAUACAACCUUAACGGAUUACAGAAAGACAAACAUGAGGACAUUGUGGCCACAGACCUGAUAGAACAGAUGCUGAAUAUGGAGCCCCAGAGGAGGCCUUCUGCUGAGAGCGUGCUCAAACACCCCUUCUUCUGGAGCCUGGAGAAACAGCUGCAGUUCUUCCAGGACGUGAGUGACAGAAUAGUAAUGGAGACAUCGUAUGGUCCAAUCAUACAGCAGCUAGAGUCAGGGGGACAGGAAGUGGUGAGGAAUAACUGGAUGGAACACAUCCCAGCAGUUCUGCAGAAAGAUCUAGAAACACGCAAAGGAGCAUAUAAAGGAGCAUAUGAAAAGGGCUCUGUUAAAAGUCUUCUACGUGCCAUAAGAAACAAGAAACACCAUUAUCACGAAUCUCCUAAGGAGGUCCAGGAGACUCUGGGCUCCAUCCCUGAUGACUUUGUCUCCUACUUCACCUCCCGCUUCCCCCACCUGCUGCUGCACACAUACCUGGCCAUGCGCACCUGUGCUAAGGAGCUGACUUUCCAGAAAUACUACCCCAAGUUGAGAGAGUCGUAGAUGGUCAUGGUCUAUGACACACGCACAGCCUAAGACCAAAAGGUCCUUUACACCAACCUUUGAAGUGAUGACAACCAAGCCACCAGCCCAAAUAUUCUGUAUUUUUCUAGGCUUUGCUUUUAUUGUUGUUUUCAUAACAUGAACCUGCAGUGCACUGAAUCCAGAGACAUUCCUUCUAUGUAGACCAACGCAAUGACAAUUCCAUAACUAGAUAGACUGUCAGUUCACUGUACUGUCAAUGUACUUUAUUGUUGUGAUUCAAAAGUGAACUUAGUUUAUUUUUUAUUUUUGGGGGUAUCUGUUUUUCCAUUACAUUGCUUAUGAAAUAGCAUUCUUUAUGCAUGAAUGUAUUCCUGAUCGAAUGUGGACCCUGACACAGGCACAUCAAAUGGAGACGUUUCUUUAAGUGCAUAGUUGUCCUUUUAUUCACUGUACUUUGUUUUGUUUAUGUAUGUCCAUAGAUUAUUUAAUGCUUUAUAGAUGAUGCCUGUACCAUGUUUGACUAUAAUGGCUUUUAGUGCCUCAACUCAAUUUGAGAGGUCCACAAUGUUUUUAUUUUAUUUUGUAUCUGUAUUUUGUAUUAUUGUAUCAUUGUGUAGUAAGAUGAGAAAUAAAAAAAAACGCACACUGCU